CUGUGAUAGGCAAUACAGAUCACCCCCACAUUGCUCUAACCGACGUGCAAGAUGCUCGUAUUACGAUUUAUUUUAGUGACCGUCGCCGUGGUAGGAGCGAAGGCUUCGCAUUUUUCGUCAUACGAAGGCCACCAUGGUUUUUCUAGUCAUCCAAAGCUCAUCUCACAAUCGGUCCAACUCAACGAAGUACCUACGAAAAUUAUCAAGGUCACUAAAACUGUAGCUAUCAAGGUUCCUGUCCCGUAUCCAGUUAAGGUGCCCCAUCAUAUACCGGUUCCAGUGCCUGUGAACCAUCCUGUGGCUGUUCCGGUUCCGCAGAUAGUGAAAGUUCCUGAACACGUGCCAGUAGAGGUGGAGAAGCCGGUUCCAGUCGAGGUUCAUCAGCAAGUGCCGGUAGUGGUCUCGAAGCCGGUACCUUUGCCACAACCAGUACCCGUACCACAUCCAGUAACUGUUCCAAAGCCAGUAUUUUAUCCUGUACCACAUCCAAUACCUUAUCAACAAUCGGAAGGACAUUCUGCUGGAUAUUCUACAGGAUAUUCUGGAGGAGAGGGAGAUCAUAUCGGUCAUGAGUCUAGAUAUACCACUUAUACCGUUCAAUCACCAGGACAUUACGAACAAGAACAUUUCCAACCUUCGCAACCGGAUCUAUCAUCGGAACAUCAUUAAUCAUCAUAAUCAUUUUCCUUUAGA